AUGAGAUCUUUGUAUAAGAAGUACAAGGACCAAGUUAAGUUGUAUGUUGAUGUGGCUAUCAUCUUUGUGAUACGCUUUGAAAUUUUAGCCUUCCCAUGUAAUCAGUUUGGAUGGCAAGAACCAGGAAGUAAUGAAGAAAUCAAUGAAGCUGUCUACUCUUCUUUUAAAGCAGAAUUCCCUUUAUUUCAGAAGAUAGAUGUCAAUGGGAAGAAUGCAGCACCACUUUACAAGUUUUUAAAAUCAAAGAAGACCGGAGUAAUAGUAGAUGAGACCAAAUGGAACUUUGCAAAAAUUUUGGUGGACAGGCAAGGAAGCGUUGUUGAGAGAUAUGCUCCUGUGACCUCACCCCUACAAAUUGAGGUUCGAUUCAGUACUUUCUCUAAGUGUUUUGAAGUUAGAAGUCCUUCCAAAAGUUCCAUGUUUUUGUUUUGUGUGAUUUCUGUUUCCCCCUCUAAAUUCUCUGUUGCAGAGUGAGAUUUAAAACCUCCUGGGAUCCUCUUAGUGGUUGUAUCAUCAGGCAUAUAGCGUUCGAAACUUGGCUUUGACUACCAUUGUGCAGGUUAUUACAAGUUAUGAAUUUUAUCUAUAUGUCACGUUGUAAAGGAAUAUAGUAAGACUAUAAUUUUCAAAAUUAGUACUCACUCAUACCCUGAGCUUCUAUGAUACAUCCCUAGACUAGGCUAUGAUUGUUAAGUGAUGACAUAUUCUGUCUUAUAGUUUGUAAAAGUUUUCAUGCUAAAAUUCGUCGAUUGAGUAAAAUAUACGAGCUCCUAUGUUUUGUAGAAAGUAGCAUUUUCAAAGUUGUUAUUAUACUAGAGGUCUUACUAUUGUCAAUGCAGCCUGCCUCUUAAAUCUAAAUCCUAGGUCUUAAAUAUCAGAAAUUCCAACAUCAUUUACCAUCGGUUGCU